GCGGUGGGCGCGGACGUGUUCCUGGUGAUCUCGCUGGUGGGCUCGGACAUCGGCCCUGCGAAGCAGGUCGUGUCGACCCUCUACGAGGGCCAGCUGCCCCUGCCCAUCGUCGUGCUGCUGCUGGAGAUAACGGACCAGCCCGGCGACCUGCCCUCGCCGGACGACGCCGAGCGCUUGGCGGACGAGACG